AAGAUCAGAAUGUCCACUCUCGAAUAAACUUUUUUAAGUGUACACACUUGGCUAUUGAACUAAAUCUAUAACCGGUGGCCUUAAUUAUCAUAACAAUGAACUACAACAAAAAACCAAAAUAACAUGAACCUUUUAGAAGAAGCUGGGGAAAAAGAGUCGCUCCAUAAUUAGAACAAACGAAAGGUUGCACAGUGGGUCAAACUUACAAGCCAUAGGAAAUGAAAAACACAAAUCCUGUGUUACCUGUCCGAUUAAUGCGGAAUGCCGACAGCUUUCAAAGAUCUUAAGAAACCAUGCUGGGAAUUAAUUAAUUGAUAAAAAGUUCGAAUUUGGUGAAAUCAAUGCGUAGAAAGUGAAUCGAGGCUUACGCAAAGUUAGGGGAAAAGUGAAAAGCUGCGGAAAACUUGGCUGACCAAAAAAGUAUAUUUGGACGCACCUGCCUUCGACUGUUUGAGAUCGCGUGCUCCACCCGAUUUCCCUGGCCAGGAGCUGGAGCUGAAUCGAGAGCUGGAGCUGGAGCCAGAGCCACAGCCACACACCUGGGCGAGCGGCGGCCCACCUGCCGGCUUAGAUGCGUCUAAUCCAAUCGGCAACCGGCGGUGCUGCUGCGACCGUUCUGCAGACCCACUCCCAGUCGCAGUACAACUACACCAGCAUGCGUGAAGAUGAUAUCGAGCUGGCCAUUAAAGUGGUCAUUGUGGGUAAUGGUGGCGUCGGCAAGUCCUCGAUGAUCCAGCGCUAUUGCAAGGGAAUAUUCACAAAGGACUACAAGAAGACGAUUGGCGUUGACUUCCUGGAACGGCAGAUCGAGAUCGACGGCGAGGAUGUGCGCAUCAUGCUGUGGGACACCGCCGGCCAGGAGGAGUUUGACUGCAUCACAAAGGCCUACUACCGGGGCGCUCAGGCCUCCGUCCUGGUUUUCUCGACGACAGAUCGGGCCUCCUUUGACGCAAUCAAGGAUUGGAAGCGCAAGGUGGAGAACGAGUGCAACGAAAUACCCACGGUGAUCGUGCAGAACAAGAUUGACCUAAUCGAACAGGCUGUGGUCACCGCCGACGAGGUGGAGACGCUGGCCAAGCUGCUGAACUGUCGGCUCAUCCGCACAUCCGUCAAGGAGGACAUCAAUGUAGCGUCCGUGUUCCGCUACUUGGCCACCAAGUGCCAUCAGCUGAUGACCCAGAGCUACGACCAGACCGCCGGAAACCAGCAAAACUCCAGCCAUCCGCCCUACAGCAGCACGCCCACGAUCAGCGCCUUCAGUCCGACCUUCACCAAGUCCAGCAGUGGCACCAUCGUCCUCCGUCCGGCGAAGAAGGGCCAUGGCUCCAGCGUGGCCCGGAAGCGCAAAAUAGUGCUCAAGAAGUGUGGAAUAUUGUGAGGAGUUGUCGGAUUAGCUGGAUGGAUGGCAGGGGCGACUCGGCCGGCAAUUAAUAACUGGAGCAUAUUUAACGCUCAAUUAUUUUGGAGUCUAAUGAAGUCGUAGUCGGGUGGCCAGCCAACCGUUGGAUGCAACCACAGCCAUUCACUAGUCGUGCACAGACUCCGCGUGAUGUGGUUCAGACAUGCCUACGGAACAGCAGAGAUAAUCGGAGGCAGCAAAGUGAAUCUUCGGAGCAAACUCCGAAGAGGAGAUACCCUUGCAGAGGAACAUAUUUUUUUAUCCAAACUAGACCAAAACCCAUAAAUUUCAUUUGAUCAAACGCUUUUCCUUUCCAAACUUUAUCUUUAAUAAAGUUUUCAAAACUUUAUUUUGCGGGCCGGUUCCGAAGUUUGUAUACUCUUGUGGUUUCCACAUAAAGGCUUUGUUUGAUUUCCAUUUCCGAUUUGUAAUUGUUAAAGCAUCUUAAAGUUAUACUGCUUGAUUUACACCCUCCCUUGAACAAGCUUAAUUUA